AUGCCCUCGCUUCCGUUCGUCAAAGUCGCAGAACAAGAGGACAUGAAGCUAGCACUCAUGCUGAACGUGAUCGAUCCCACAAUCGGUGGCGUUUUGAUCAUGGGAGAGAGGGGGACUGGCAAAUCAGUUGCGGUGAGGGCCAUGGUGGACUUGCUGCCUGAGAUAGAGGUGGUGGCAGAGGAUGCCUUCAACUCUCACCCCACAGACACAAAGCUGAUGGGGCCAGACGUGCUGCAGCGCCACAGGAACGGCGAGCAGCUGCCAAUGGUUAGAGUGAAAACCCCACUGGUGGAGCUGCCCCUGGGCGCAACAGAGGACCGCAUCUGCGGUACCAUCAACAUCGAGAAGGCGCUCCAGGAGGGCGUCAAGGCCUACGAGCCCGGCCUGCUGGCGAAGGCGAACCGGGGCAUCUUGUAUGUGGACGAGGUGAAUCUGCUUGAUGAUGGUUUGGUGGACGUUGUGCUUGACAGCAGUGCCAGCGGCGUCAACACAGUGGAGCGCGAGGGUAUCGGCAUCGUUCACCCCGCCAAAUUCAUCAUGAUCGGCUCCGGCAACCCCCAGGAGGGGGAGAUGAGGCCACAGCUGCUGGAUCGUUUCGGUAUGAGCGUCAACGUGGCCACGAUGCAGAACAUUGCGGCCAGGACGCGCAUGGUGCUGGACCGCAUCGCCUUUGAGAACGACCCGGACGCCUUCUGCGUGGAGGCGGAGGAGGAGCAGGCGGCGCUGCGAGCGCAGCUGACGGCCGCAACCGAGGCGGCGCCGGGGAUCGCGAUGGCGCGCGAGCUCAAGGUGACCAUUAGCGAGAUCUGCUCCCUGCUGGACGUGGACGGCAUCCGUGGGGACAUCACCACCAACAAGGCCGCACGCGCCCUGGCCGCCUUUGAGAGCAAGGACACCGUCACCAUCGACCACGUGCGCCGCGUCAUCGGCCUCUGCCUUAACCACCGGCUGAGGAAGGACCCUCUGGAGACCAUCGACAGUGGCACAAAGGUGGCGCUGGCCUUCCGGCGAAUCACAGACCCCCAGCGCGCAGCCAAGGAGGAGAAGGCCAAGAAGGAGGCAGAGGCCGCAGCCGCCAAGGCUGCAGAGAAGGCCAACAAAAAGGCCGGCGCCUGGGGCGGACUGCCUGGCCCAAAACGAUGA